AUGAUUACCUGUUAUUAUCAACCAAACAAACAGCCACUGUUUUCUUCAAAAGUUGGACAGAGAAUAUCUAUCUCAUAUCUAUCUAUCUAUCUAAGUCUGUUCAGUAUCUAUCUAUCUAUCUAUCUAUCUAUUUAUCUAAGUCUGUUCAGAAAUCUCUCUAUCUAUCUCUCUAUCUAUCUAUCUAUCUAUCUCUCUAUCUAUCUAAGUCUGUUCAGUAUCUAUCUAUCUAUCUAUCUAUCUAUCUAUCUAUCUAAGUCUGUUCAGUAUCUAUCUAUCUAUCUAAGUCUGUUCAGUAUCUAUCUAUCUACUAAUAUCUAUCUAUCUAUCUAUCUAAGUCUGUUCAGUAUCUAUCUAUCUAAGUCUGUUCAGUAUCUAUCUAUCUAUCUAUCUAUCUAUCUAUCUAUCUAUCUCAGUUUGUUCAUUAUCUAUCUAUUUAUCUUAGUCUGUUCAGUAUCUAUCUAUCUAUUUAUCUUAGUCUGUUCAGCAUCUAUCUAUCUAUUUAUCUCAGUUUGUUCAUUAUAUAUCUAUUUAUCUCAGUUUGUUCAUUAUCUAAGUCUGUUCAGUAUCUAUCUAUCUAUCUAUCUAUCUCUCAGUUUUUUCAUUAUCUAUCUUGGUCUGUUCAGUAUCUAUCUAUCUAUCUAUCUUCUGUUCAGUAUCUAUCUAUCUAUCUAUCUAUCUAUCUAUCUAUCUCAGUCUGUUCAGUAUCUAUCUAUCUAUCUAUCUAUCUCAGUCUGUUCAGUAUCUAUCUAUCUAUCUAUCUAUCUAUCUAUCUAUCUAUCUAUCUAUCUAUCUAUCUAUCUAUCUCAGUCUGUUCAGUAUCUAUCUAUCUAUCUAUCUAUCUCAGUCUGUUCAGUAUCUAUCUAUCUAACUAUCUAUCUCAGUCUGUUCAGUAUCUAUCUAUCUAACUAUCUAUCUCAUAUCUAUUUAUCCCGGUCUGUUCAGUAUCUAUCUAUCUAUCUAUCUAUCUAUCUAUCUCAGUCUGUUCAGUAUCUAUCUAUCAUCUGCAUUGCUCUCUCUCUCUCUCACUCUGUUUUUUUUGCUUGCAACUUCAUUGUCUUCUUUCUUUCUUUCCUCUUUCUCAGAAUGUUUGAUUCUUCCUAUCACUCUCUCUCUCUCUCUGCUACACACUUUCUCUCUCUCUUUUUACUUUCCUCUUCCUCCUCUCUCUUUUCUUUUCACUUCUCCUUUUGUCUCUAUCACUUUCUCUUUUUCAGUCACUCUCUUUUCUCUUCUCUUUCCCUCAGCCCUUCUGUUCCUGUCUUUCCAUUGAUCUUCUCUUUUCCUAUUUCUUACUUGAUCUCUGCUUUUUUCUUUCAUUCAUUCAUUCUUUCUUUCUUUCAUUCUUUCUUUCUUUCAUUCUUUCUUUCUUUCAUUCUUUCUUUCUUUCUUUCUUUCACUCAUUCUUUCUUUCACUCAUUCUUUCUUUCACUCAUUCUUUCUUUCACUCAUUCAUUCAUUCUUUCAUUCAUUCUUUCUUUCAUUCAUUCUUUCUUUCAUUCAUUCUUUCAUUCAUUCAUUCUUUCAUUCUUUCAUUCAUUCUUUCUUUCAUUCUUUCUUUCAUUCAUUCUUUCUUUCCUUCUUUCAUUCAUUCAUUCAUUCAUUCUUUCAUUCUUUCCUUCUUUCUGUCAUUCAUUCUUUCAUUCUCUCUCUCUCUCAAUUUCCAUUUCUACUCUCUGCUUUUUCUCUUUUCCCCCCACUUUCUGUUUUGCCUUUUCCUUUUCUCUCUCUCUCUCUCUCUAUUUUUCUCUAUCUCUCUGCUCUUUCUUUUUACUCUUUCUUCGUUUUUCUCUCACUCUCUGUCUUUUCCUUUUCACUCUCCCUUUCUCUCUCUCUCUCUUUGCUUCUUCUCUUUCUCGUUGCUUCUUUCCUUCCUCUCUCUGUCUCUGCUUCUUCCCUUUUUCACUCUCUCUGCUUCUUUCCUUUCUCUCUCUCUCUCUGCUUCUUUCCUUUCUCUCUCUCUCUCUGCUUCUUCCCUUUCUCUCUCUCUCUCUCUGCUUCUUCCCUUUCUCUCUCUCUCUCUCUGCUUCUUCCCUUUCUCUCUCUCUCUCUGCUUCUUCCCUUUCUCUCUCUCUCUCUGCUUCUUCCCUUUCUCUCUCUCUCUCUCUGCUUCUUCCCUUUCUCUCUCUCUCUCUGCUUCUUCCCUUUCUCACUCUCUGCUUCUUCCCUUUCUCACUCUCUGCUUCUUCCCUUUCUCACUCUCUGCUUCUUCCCUUUCUCCUCCCUGCUUCUUCCUUUCUCUCCCUCUCUCUCUCUGCUUCUUCUCUUUCUCUCCCUUUUUCUCUCCACUUAUUCCCUUUCUCUCUCCACUUAUUCCCUUUCUCUCUCUCUCUGUGA